ACUCAAAUAACAGUAUCCAUUUUAUGAUGCGUGUUAAAAAAUAUUGCGAGUUCGAGACCAAUGUUUGCCGUUGUUCAAUUUUUGUGACGAAAUGAAGCCAUCUCGUAAAGCUCGUAAGACUAUGCAUGGUGCUGAUGUCUCAUUGCCACAACAAAUCACUGUCUCACCCAUCCCUGCUGGGACGAGAACAAAAAAAGCAAAGCUGUCUAAAAGUUCAACGAGUACCAACAUGAAAAAUACACCAACUAGAUUACCUGGUGGUUUGUCUAAAAUAAGAACAGAUGGUGCAGUAUUAAAAACAUCAACACCAAUAACAGCUUCAACCAGCAGGAAGAGAAAACUUAACAAUUCAAAUGAUAGUGAAGCAUCAAGUAAAUGUGCAAAAAAAGGAGAUGCUACAUUGAAUGACACUGGCCUGUUUACAACUGAUUUGUCCAUGAUAGAAGAAAAGACAUCAAAUGUGUCUACAACUAAAGAUAAAUUCUCACAAAAGACUAAUGUUAGCAGUGUUUGCGGUGCAGAUAUAGCUAAAGGUUCGCUCAUUGAGGCUAGAUCUGGUUUAAAAACAGCCAUCAAACAAACAGCAAGAAAGUCCAUGAAAAAAUCUACUGUGAAUCUUCCACCAAGUGCAGAGUCUAAAAAAACAGACACAUCAGUGCCAUCAAAUAAAAAGUCAAAAAGUGCUGCCACAUCAUUGUCUUCAAAAAAGAAGUCAUCAAGAGUAAAAACAGAUGACAGUUUAUUAUCUAAAAAGAGAACAAGCUUUCAAAAAGAAUCUAAGGGAAAGGAAACACCUGUUCAAUCUGUAAAUGAUGCUUUAAAGUCACCAAGAGCUACAGCUAAGCCCACAUGUAAAAAGUCCAAGAAAAAAGAAACCUCAAUUAAAAUAGUGGACACUGGUCAAGCAUCUUUUAAUUCUAGUGUUAAAUCCCCUGUGAGUAAAAGUAGGGGUAAACAAACACAUAGGGAUCAUAGGCAGAAAUCACCUGCAACUAAAUCUACACACAGAAAGUCUAAAGGAAAGGAUACAUCAGAUCAUCAAAAUGCCAUCCUUACAUCACCAAAUGGUACUAGUGGAAAAUACAAAAAAACAAAAGUAAAAGAAAAGAACACAUUAAUAAUUAACAUUCAGAAGUCUCUAAAUUUUAAUGCUAAAUCAGGAAAGAGUAAGGAUAAAGGUAAGGGAUUGCUACCUGUUGAACAUAUCCAGAAGUCAUCUGACUCAACUGAAACGCAUAUCACAGCUACAAGUGAUCCACAGACAGUUGCCACAAGGUCAUCCAGGGGAAGAACCAUUACACCAUCUCGAAAGGUCUCUGAGAAUAAGCAGAAUUCACCAAACAAAAUUAAUACAAGUCUGAAUCAGUUACUGAUUAAAACUCCACCAAGUCACCAGGAAGGCAAAGCCAUGAAUAUUGCAGCAAAGACUACAGAGAAUACUCUGCCCGGAAAUGAAUCUUCACAAACUAAAAAAAUGACCGAUGUGUUUGAUAUUGUAAAAACAGAGACAUCAGACUUUGCUGAAGCAUAUCAAAAUACAGCCAUUAUUCAAGAUUUUAUCAAGACAUCACUCAUUAACAAAUCUCCUAAGCAGAGUCUUAAAGCACAAGUAUUUUCAAAAGAUGCCUGUGUGGCAGAUUUGUCCACAGCACCAGCUGGAUUUACAGGGAACCAGAGAGCUGCCUCUGAAUACUCAAUUAAAGAUUCAGAAAAUUCUUUAAGCAGAUCUUGUAGUGCAAUCAUGGACACAUCAAACUUUUUCUCUGAAUCUGAUCUGAUCAGUUUAUCUGAGUCUCAGUAUCAAAGCUCCAUGGAGAACAUGAACAAUUCCUCGGUGUUAGCAACUCCAAUUAAGGAAGAAGCCAGUGACUCUUUGCUGACGGAAGCAAAAUCAUUUGAUCAACCAGUGCCAAGAACAACAUCUGAUAGUGAUAGAGCAACAAACAGAGAUGUUUCUCUACUUCAAGCGUCCACAUUUGAAAUUUUGGUUCCAUUGAAAGUAGAAAAGACUUCUCCUAAACCUCAAUUAGAUAGAUCUGUUCAAUCAACUACUCUUCAAGCUAGUAACCCCCCACCAGUUUUGCCAUCAUUACAACCCCAAAAGCCUGAGGAGCCAAAUCAUCCAGUUAGGUCUGACCAUCCAAUUAAACCUGUCUUUUCAAGCAUAAUUGCAAACAUUUCCAAGUCAUCUCCUGAAAAAUCUUUUCAGCCAUGCUCUACAUCAAUUGUUGAAACCACUCCAAGAAAACCUGAUCCACCUGUUCUGACAUCACCAAAUAAGAACAAACCACUCCAGUCUAUAGAUACUAAAACAGUUAAUUCAAACAUUUUUCAACCACUUAAUCCAGUUCUACCCCUUUCCACAACAGUGGUAGCCAUAUCUCAAACACAAAAACCUGUUCUACCCCUUCCCACAACAGUGGUAGCCAUAACUCAGAAACAAAAACCUGUGCAGUCAACUAUUUCAGAAGCUUUGUCAAAAUCUGAGACGAAUGAACCAAAGAUUGGGCUUCCAGACUCAGUAUCUGAAUCUUCUGCCAGCAAACAUGUAGAAAAUAGUCCAUGUAAAUCAGUAACUACUAGUUCUACUGAUACCAAUAAUACACCCACAGCUAGUGAUGCAAGUGGAAAUAGGAAUGAGGAUGUUGAUAAAUCCCAUCACAGAUCUCCAAGUAAUUCAAUCAGUAAAAUAGUGAUAUCAACAGGUGAACCGACCAAUACAGAUAAAGGGCCACCGUGUCCUCAAAUAAAUAAAACUAUGCAAGAAACUAUCCAAGUUCCUGCAGUAGUUAGUCAACCAGAGGAUCAUUCAAAAGCAUCAAGUACUGUUUCAAAAGGGAACGCCUCAUUAACCAGCAGAACACAGUUGUCCAAAAGUAUUACAAAAGUGAAUCCAUCAACCACAUUAGCUUUAAAAAGAAUCUUGAAUACAACUGGUCAUUCACCUGCCCAACAAAAUUUUAUAUCUUCCGAUACAAUUGAGCAAGCUCCAACCAGUACACCAAAAGAAAGAAACACAAGAAAAUGGGUAGGAUCAACAUCCUCCCCACAACCUGUUACUUUCUCAUCACCAGAAUAUCCUCAAAUUAUCAUAAAGUCAGUACCUACACCAACGGAUGAUAACAUAUCUAGCAUCACAGAUAAUAUACCACUAUCAAAGAGUGUAGACUAUUUGGAAGUCACAUCACAAAAUCAGCCCAAGAACAUUUGUUCCAAAGAGAAUCCAAAUACUAAAGAAGGAGCUGUGGAAUCUAACAAUUUGACAAAAAGCUUAGAUCCAGAAGAAAUUUUCAAACAGCAAAUUCAGUCCUCUAAAGAUAUAAUGAACUCAUUGUCAAAGGGCACUUAUUUGGGGCCCCAGAAAAGCCAAUCCCUAUUGUCGACAGGUAUGCCAGUGGAAGGACCCUCACAUCCAAGAAAAAGAUUAAAAGUUCUUUUUCCCAGGAGAAAAGUACUGUCUUCUGAUCAACCUAAUGAACAGUCAGAAUUUAAUACUGCACCAUUAACUGAGAACAACGAGCCAGCACCUUUAAGUCCUAUUCAAGGAUCUUCACCACAGAAGCACCCAACCUUACCAGAAGCAUCAAACAUAGCUUAUAAGCAUCCUGGCCCCAACCUUUCUUCCCAGAAGCAGUCUGAGGAAACACCUGUUUGUUCCAGUACAUCACAGCAAACUCAGAAUCUUCUUAAACCUUCUUCUUAUAGUCCCAAACCAUCAAAUCAAAGCAAAAAGCAGGACUCUACUGUAAAAGAGAAAUCUGCUAAUAAUUCAAAAGGUCAAGCAAUGCCAAAGAAUGUGAAUAUUAGGAAGCAAGCUUCAAAGGUUCAAAAAAAUAAAAUUACCAAAGCUGUUGAUUGUGAUGUUGGUCUCAGUGAAUCAAACCUUUCAUUAGAUGAUACAUUAAAUGUGACCAGUACAUCGAUGAAUGAAAACCAGUUCACCAGUAUUAUAGAUACAUGUAAAUCUAGUGCUAAAGAGAUAAAAGCUGCUGGAAAUACUUUGUUGUAUAGUGGUAAUCUAGAUGAGAGUAGUAUUUUAACAAAUUCUUUAAUAGAUGAAAGUCUUCUAGAUGCUAGUUGUUUAGUAGAUCUUGCUGGAAGCAUUAAUGCUAAUUUUAGUGCUAAAACUAAUCCCACGGAGAUGCAAUCACAGUCCAUUCCUAAACAAACAUCACUAGACAGAUCUGGAAUUGCAUCAAAAGAAUCAAGCAAAACAAAAACAAAAACCUCAUCAAAAAAAACUGACCCAAGUCUAAAUGAACCUAAAAGCAUCACUAAGCGAACACAAGUCAAAAGAUUAACAGGAACAGCUGCAAGAACUAGAAUCACAAAGCCAGAGAUCAAAAUAAGACACGAAAGAAUUGAUUCCUCUGAAUUAAUUCACAAGCGAAAAAAAAGAUGGAUUUUAAAUACAGAAUUUGAAAGUUUAUUCCGCAAAGUUCAAGUGAAUGAUUCUGGAGAAAAAAUAGAAAAAGGUAAUAAUUUCAUCACUAACUUGCUUCAGAAAGCAAAUGAUUUAUUGGUAAACUGCAUGGUUGUGACUCCUGAACCAGAAGAUACUUUGAUGGAAGAUAUUUCAAACGUAAAUGAUGGAAACGACCAGGAAGAACAAGCUGCAACUUCCUUAGAUGUACCAUUGGUGGAAAACUCACAUACAGCUGAUACUGAAUCUGUUGGUGAAGAUGAAGUAAUCUCAGAUUAUAGAAAAGGUGUGACGGAAAAGAAUAAAAUAGGUGAUAAGACAUCUCCAACCAAAUUAACUUCAAAUAGAACACCAACAAUUCAACUACCAACCAGUAGAAUAGAAGCAACGAGAGAAGAGGCCACUUUGCUAAAUAAACAAACUAAAGAAAUAGAAAUUAGUGCCAUGGUUGAGAAAAAUAACACAGAAAUAUCAAGAAAUAGUGGUGUUCAAUCCACAAAAUCACUUCCCAUGUCAAAACAAUUAACAACCAAAAUGUCAAUUAUUUCCAUGGUUGACAAAAAUAACUCAGAAAAUUUAGAGAAUAGUAGUUUUCAAUCCACAAAACCAACUCCAAAGAAGGUAUUUACAGAAACAACCUCAAAACCACCGAUAGCUGAACAAGCAUCAACGAGUCCUGCAACAAAAAUACCUCCCCAAAUAUGUAAAGAUAUAGCAUCUCCAAAAGCCAUAGAAAGAAAAAAAAACCAGAUUAUGAAGAAAGCAAAACAACGGGAACCAGCCGUGCUUUCAGUCAACACUCUGUUAGAUAAGACAUCAACAAACUCCACAACAGAUUUAUCUACUAAAGCCUCAGCGUCUUAUGCAUCAGAGGUAAAUUCGGCUGAAAAAACAGUAUCCCUAUCGACAUCAAGUUCAAGUAAACCUGCUGUAGGAACAGGAAUCUUAUCAACACCAACUAAAUCUCCGGAUAAUGUUGAAAUUACACCCACUAAAUCACCUGUUAAGAGAACCGCUAGUAAAGCCCAAAUGGUAACAAAGCAGUUGCCAGUAAUUUCUUCUUUGGAACAAGCAACCACAAUGUCUGCUAUAGACACAUUACUACCAACGCAACAAGUGGUCUGCAGCUCCCCAUUUGGAAGACCAUCAGCAGCGAAUAUGGUAAACAACUCACAACCAAGUAAGAAAACACCAAUAAAAACUAGGUCAGCAUCCAUUAGCAAUUCAUCAGUACAAGCAUCAGUUGAUUCUAUUGCAGAAAAACAUCCUUUACCAUCAAAGUCUUCUCCAUCUAAAUCCCCCCAAUUAGUCCAGACAAAAAAAGACCAUGCUUCACCACAUUCAAAUUCUUCAGCUUCACAAUCUAGAACUCUUCAUUUAUCUACAAAGUCCAGAACAACUUUAGAUGCACCUGCACAUCCUAACACAUCUUUAGUAUCACCAACUUUAUCUCCAAGAACACCACCAAGACGAGCAAUCAGUUCAUCAACAUCCACAUGCAUGCAAACAACACCACCAAGCUAUAGAUCAGGAAUUGGGGAAAGACAGUUCUGUGAUCAAGGAACACAAAGUUUCCAUGAAGCACCCCAACGUAUAAAUAGUUCCACUUCAACAUCUUCGCCUUUGCAUGUUCCGCAUCAAAGAACAAUAGAAACACAAACUGACGAUCAUUUCACUCUGACUGAUCCACAUUUUCCCAAGUUUGUUCAGAAAACUUUAUUUGAUUUUAACAUGUCAGCAAGAAGAAGGAGUGUUAAAUCUGCCAGCAGACCUGAGAAGAGACAAUCAUUGUUAAAUUUCAGCUCCUGGAAAGUCUCACAUAUUUCGUCCACGAGAUCAGGACAAAAUGUGCAAAAACCUUCUGCUGUAAACCCUGCAUCUCUACAAGUGAACAGUUCUCUGAAUUUAUCAAUCCAAUCGAACAGUAACUCUAGUGCGAAUAGUUCUGUGAUUUACUCAAUCCAGCCAGCAAUUGAUUUGAGUGCUACGACAAACAAUUCAGUGAAUAAUGCAAUUGGAGUCUCAAACACUUUCAAUAUUGGAUCGAUCAUAAAUCAGAUUAAUGUUACAAAUGAUGGGGCAACUAGCACUGAAGUUUUCGAAAAUUCAUUGGGCUCUAAGGCUACAUCUGUGAAUACUCAAAAUGUUAAUACAAAGGUUCCUGGUGCAUCACCUCAUGUGAAUGCUGGAAAAAACAAAGACAGUCCUCUUUCAAAGGUUACUAAAACAUCAAAAGUUUUAUUAAACCGUUUGACAACGAAAGAAAUUAAUCUUUUGUCUUCCCCAACUCGAUCUAAUUCACAAUCAGUAGAAAGUGUCCUGAGCAUGCCAUCUAAAAUGCCUAAAGCAAAUUCACAACAACCUCUAAGAACACAAAUUACAAAUUUUCAAGGCGGGUUCCAGCCAAGUGAUUAUGCUAGUAGUCCAGAACAUUCUGUCAUAUUAAGUGAAAUUGACCAAGCAAAUGAUAUUGGAACAGGUUCCGAACAUUCCAGCCCUGCCAAGUUUCAACCAUAUAGUUUAAAACGACCCAGAUCAACCUCUGAAGUUAGUGUAGAUGCUGAUGAUGAUGAGGAAAGACCAAGAAAAUCUAGAAGAAAGUCUUCUAAGGAUUUAUCUAUCUUGACAGCUGUGUCCGAGCAGAAAUACCUGAGCCCUGAAACAGAGAGCAACAAUGAUUCUAUGGCACAUAAAAAAUUAUUAUCAGCUAAAAAACGUUUGAUUAUUGAAACCGAUUCAGAAGAUGAUCCUUGGUAUGGAAACACAAACCAAAAUCAAAAUGAUGAAGCACCAAAUACAGAAGAUUCCCAAGCAGAAACAGAAAACAGUGAGUUUGUAUGUUUUGAAAGUCAAGGUGAAUCUUUUAUAGAAAGUCAUAACACAGAAGUACAAGGGGUCAGUCGUCAAGGUCAGGAUACAGAAGGUCAAGGUCAAAUUACAGAAGAGGAAGGAGAAGAGGCAAAUGUUUCUGUCCGCAAAUUGAAAAGUAGGACAUCGAAAACAUUGAAUGCCAGAAGUAGAAAGAAAACAGGAAGACGUGGUAGAAAACCAGCUAACUAUGAACCAGCAGAAGUAGAAGAUGGGGAUAGCCAGGCACCAGAGAAAUGUUUAAACUGUGAGAAGCAAUUCCUAGGUCUAGCAGCACUCAAGAAGCACAUGAUGUCAGAUCACACUAAAGUGUGGAGUAGAGUGUGUCCUGAAGGAAAAGAUGACCAACCUUCGCUGAGAAAAAUAUUAAAGGCAACUGGAAGUUUAACAUGUCAAGGUUGUGGAAAAUUGUUAAAAUUUAUUCCAUAUUAUCAUUUUCAUCUCAAAUGGUGUGGAAGAGAGAAUGAACAAGAACAAUGUAAUUUAUGUGGAAAGUUUGUAAAAUCAAUGUGGAUGUCACAACAUGAACGUGAUCACCGAUUGAAGGAAGAGAAAUUAGAAAUGUUAAAAAGACAGAAAGCUAAACCGGUUGCUCCACCUGUAGAGGGAAAACGUAAAGCAGCUAUUAGAGCAAGAACCACAAUGCACUGUAUGGUAAAAGAACUAUUAAAGGGAGAAGCUCCAUCAUCUUCACAGGUUGGGGAUAAAGUAAAAGUAGGUGAUGGAGAGGAAGGUGGGGAUGGUGAUGAAGAUGGGGAUUAUAGCCAUGGUGAGGAGGAAAGUAUGUCUGAAUCUGAGUCCUGCUCUUCUGGAGUUGAUGAAGACCCUCUGUACUUUAGAUCAACAUAUCAAUAUAGUAACAGAAAGUUCACCGGAGAAACAGCCUUACCUACAGACAAUGAUAAAUUUGAUGAUGUACUUACAUGGUAUCAAACUCAUCCAAGGGCUGAUGAUUUACAUCCCGGUUUAGUUCCUACUCGUGAAGAUUGGAUACAAUUAAAUGAAGAAUUAAUAAAGAACUACUUCGCUAGAAAUGGAGAUAGUCAUGAAUUUGUUAUAAAACAGAUGAAGGUUAACUGUAAAACAUCGAUCACAUCUACACCACAGACAUUACACAUCUUCCAGUCUUUUACAACUAAAGACCAAGUUACCUCAUACUGUGGUGCUACAAUUACUGCUGUAGAGUGGUGUCCCUUGCCCAUAUUUGAAUCAGCCAAUCAAUAUGCAGCAGUGGUGUGUAACAUGACUUCAGAUCAGCCAAUCAAAGUAACAGGGGAACCAAGCGGUCAAAGUGUUGUGCAGAUUUGGAAGUUUGGAGAUUUAAACCCAUUAAGUAAAACAAUGCCAGAGCCUGUAUUAUGUUAUAUAAUGUUACAUGAUGGUGGAUGUGUUACAUCUAUUAGUUGGUGUCCACAGGGGGCAUGGCAACAUCCUGAUAAAACAGUACAACAGAAUGUUGUGCCUAGGUUAGGUCUAUUAGCUGUUUCUAGUUUAGAUGGACAUGUCCGAGUUUACAGUAUACCUCAUCCUGACAGAUUUGCUCCAAAUUCUAACUUCACCAAUCCAAUACUGUUUAAACCAAAACCUUGUCUAAUAUUGAAGAAUGUAAAACAAUCAGAUAGUGGAGGGUGUUUGGUGGUUUCCUGGCAACCAACUGGCGUAUCUAAUCUAAUUAUGGCAGGUUAUGCCAAAGGUUUAGUAAGAAUUUGGAACAUGUCAUCUACUUCACCACUUCUGGUUUCGGAAACUGGUUCUGGUGUGAAAAUGAUUCAUCCAAUCAGAUCAUUCCUUGCUCACAGUCGACGAAUAAGAUGUCUUGAAUGGCACCAGAAGUUUGAGUCUGUUUUUGUAACCAGUAGUGAUGAUAAGAGGUUAAAAUUUUGGCACUUGGAAAACCUCUUCCAGGAACACGACAAUGUGCCAGUAUUUACUCCAGUGACUUGUAUAAAAUGGCCGCUGAAUGAAACUGGUGUUGUUUAUGGAAAAGACCAUAUAUUCUUGUUAGAUAAAUGUUCAACAGGAUAUCAAGAUUGUGGAUUAAGGCCAACAAAUAUUAAAUACACUCCAACUAACCAUAUUGGUUCUAUUUGGGAUAUAGAUUUUAUAGAUUGGUAUAAUAUUCUACUGGCGUGUGAUACUACUGGUACAUUACGUGGAGCGAGGUUACGUGACAUGUCAUCAGACGAUAUAAAUCUACAUGCAGUAGCUCACAGGGAAUUUCCGAUUUAUUCUACUGAUAUCAAAGCAAGAAGACCAACUGAAACUAUUGAACCAGAUGAAAAUUGUGAUUAUGUGACAGAUAAUAACCAAUCAAUUACAUCUAAUGAGAAUCAUGUGACUAAUAACAACCAAUCAUAUGCAAUAAAUUUGGAUCAUGUGACUGACGGUAACCAAUUAAGUGCAAUUAAUAUGGAUAAUAGCCAAUCAAAUACAAAGAAUUUAGAUCAAAAUACUGAAAAUAACCAAUCAAGUGCAAUUAAUACUAGUCAUGAGAACGAUGAUAACCAGUCAACAACAGUGAAUAACGUACAAAAUAAAAUUAAGAAGAAAAAGAAGAAGAAAUUGGAUGAAGUUUAUAACUAUAAUAAUUUUUGUGAAUCACAGAAGAAAUGUUGUUUAAUAUUUACAGAUAAUCCACGGUCUGAUAUUUUGGCUGGUCGGAAGAAGAAAACAGGCUUACUGGUGGAUUGCAAAAGACUAGCUUGUUAUCCAAUAGAAUCUCUUCGUGCUGUAUCGGCCAAUAAGAAUGUAUUUGGUUCAACAUGGAUAUUAUCUGGUGGUGAAGCUGGGUUGCUACGACUACAUAAUUUACCAGGAAUCAUGACCAAACCUGCUAAAUCUUAUUUUACACAGAUAACACCAAAAGAAUCUUGAUAGUGUGGACUUAUUUAAAAUCGCAUUGUGCCAAAUUCAUACGGGUAUAUUACAGUAACAUCAGUAUAGAGUAAUAAAGAUAUCUAGCUGAAGAAUAAUGUCCUUAUAUUUAGCUCCUACGAUGUUAUACCCAUGUUAUCUUUAUUUAUCUAAGAAUGUUGGUUUUUAGUUCCACAUCUUUAAGUUUUAAUAGAAAUUGAUUUAUUUAAAACCAGCAACAUUUACAUUUAGAAUUUUGAUGAAAGGAUUGGUGUAAAAUUAUUAGUAGUUUUGUGUAAAUCAUGCUUCUAGGUAUCAGGGUUGAAAACCAGUCCUUUGCAAUUUUUCAAUCCCAUUUCUAACAUGGACUUAUAUGCCUCCUAGUUUGAUAGUGUAUCCAUUCCUCAUACCAUCUUGUUUAUUUCAUUUGUUAAUUGUUUUAAAGAAAUAUUGUUUUAAAUGAAGUUGUAAGGAUUUGUAUGAAAUCUUUUAAGUAAAUUUAUUAUUAUUGUUUAAUGAUGUAUAUAUUUUAAGUAAAAUAUAAAUCAUUUGUUAACUAAAUCACACUCUACUUUAAAUAAAUUAUUUUUGAUAUAUUA